AUGCAGUACUCAUCUCAUAUCAUACAGAGUACAUUAAUUAACCGGAUCAUCGUGGGAUUUCUAAUCCAAAAUGGGGAACGUGGAACCGAAGAUUUAACCUCGGUGGACUCCGAUUCUCGGCCUUCGAUCGGAUUUCUAUCACGAUUGUAUAACCAUUUUGUACGGAUCGGGAGGCAAAUGAGGCAAAUUGGGGGGAUUAAUCAUCAUCCACCCCUCCGGCCCCGGGCUUCCCCCACUGAACAUUCAAAGAAAAAACCCACUUGUGGCCCCAACUUCUCUCUUCUCUCCGGCUUCGAUCCAUUUUACAACAUCUUCAAAAUCGCGAUUCACACAAAUCAAAUUAUCUAG